UGAUUGACAUAAAGGUAUUAAAAUGACUACUAUAUUUGGAUAUUAUCGAAUUCUACUUUCUACCGUUGGGCGGGAAAAUGUGUUCGGCCGACAGUAACCUGCCAGGCUUCACGCCUCGCGGACGACAAACGCGCGCAUUCUGAUCAAUACAAUUCAAAUAUCGAAUACCGGGAACGCUCUUCGUAGUUUUUAAUUAUUUUUUUUUAAAUAUGACUUUUAGUGCAUCGGAAUUUUAUUGCAAAAUAACCUUUGACAAGAUUUUUUUUUAAUAUCGUAAACGUUUUUAGUCAUUCGGAAAUUGAAUUUGAAAUAAUUUUUUAUUUUUUUUUUCGUGAAAUAGACAUAUGUAAUUUUUUUUUAUUAUACUUUAAGCUUAGUGCUGAUAUUUUAGUGUAACUGAACUUUUUUAUAUGGAUUUUUGCUUAGAUUUUUAAUGAUCUGAAAACAUGUGCCACGGAUUGGAGAAAUAGUUUGUAAAAAAUAUUGUUUAAUGCCAUCGACAUAUGGCUUCAAUGAGUUCAUUUAACAAUACAAUAUGGAAGAUCAUGCAAAUACGAAUACAACUGAACGAGAAGAUGUGUAUAAUAUAUCAAAUGAAAUUACAGAUAACAAAAAUAAAGAAAAUGAGAUAACAAAUGCGAAAGGCAUAAAAAAGAAACAAAUAAUGGGGCCAAAUAAAAUAUUUGGUGAUUUAAAGAAUAAUAGAAGGAAUUUAAAACAUAGAACAAGAAUUACUAGUAGGAAUGCUAACACGCUGUUCCUUUUAUUAAGGAUGGUAUUGGACAUCAAUGUUUUAGUGCAGAAGUGUGUUGUGCUGUGUCUGAUGGUGAAUUGUGUUAGUGGAUUUAAGGAGCAAAAGUUUGCAAUCGAACCGCAAGAUCAGAGUGCCGUAGUAGGCUCCAGAGUAAUCCUGCCCUGCAGAGUUGUCAGUAAGGCUGGUCAGCUACAGUGGACGAAGGACGACUUUGGCCUCGGCACGCAUAGAUAUUUGACUGGCUAUGACCGAUACAAGAUGAUUGGUAGUGAUGAAGAAGGGGACUAUUCCUUGGACAUAAGAGAAGUGGCUUUGGAAGACGACGCAUUAUAUCAGUGUCAAGUUAGCUCAGGACCUAGAGGUGAACAAGCAAUUCGAUCCAGAUACGCCAGGCUGAUUGUUCUAAUGCCACCUGAACCACCGAAGAUCCUCCAAGGUCCAAUUCUACAAGCAAUAGAAGAUAGAGAAGUCAAUUUGGAAUGCGUAUCAGUAGGGGGAAAGCCUGCUGCUGAGAUCACAUGGGUGGACAACGAAGGUGGCGUUUUGACUCAGGGUGUUACUUACACCACAGAACCGAUGUCUGACGGCAGGAGGAACACUGCAAGGUCCGUCCUUCAUUUUCGUCCACGGCGACAUCACCAUAAUCAAACGAUCACAUGCCAAGCCCAGAACACAGCUGAUAGGGCGUAUAGAGCUGCCACAAUAAGACUACAGGUACAAUAUGCACCAAAAGUCCGAAUGUUCAUAAAAUCUGGAAACAUAAAGGGUCAAAUACAGGAAGGAGACACAUUGAUUAUGGGUUGCCAAGGAAGUGCGAAUCCCACCAACCUCACCUACAAGUGGUACAUCAACAAUAAUCAGAUUGUGGGCACAGUCAACAACGAACUGAUACUAAAGAAUAUUUCCCGCAAGUACAAUGACGCUACAAUCAGAUGUGAAGUGUUCAAUGCGGUGGGAAAGAGUGCUGAAACGAAAACCAUAGAAGUGGCAUAUGGACCAUCUUUCAAAAUAAGACCACAGAACGUAGAAGGCGAGUCUGGAUCGACAGCGACACUCACUUGUAUGGUAGACGGUCAUCCACCAGCCAAAAUAUUAUGGUUACGAUAUGACAAUGAACAUGUUAUUAGGGUGGGGAAAUCUUCAAAUUUGACUGUAAAGAUAACGAAAGAAACCGCCGGCCAGUAUUGGUGUCGAGCUAGCGUCGACCAUUACCAAGAUAUCGAGGCUUCCGCCAUGGUGUAUGUAAGAGGUGCACCAAAAAUAACUUCCAAUGAAACACAAUAUGGGGUAGAGGGGGACAGUGUAAGAGUGGAAUGUGUCUCAUUCUCUAUUCCUAAACCAGACUACAUUAUGUGGACGUUUGCCGGUGGCGAGAUUAAUACAUUCCAUAAUCAAGAAUAUGCGUUCCUAGAAGAAACAUUAGCUGAUAGUCUUACAAAAUCAACAUUGAUUAUAAGGAAAAGCGAAGCGAAGCAUUUUGGAAAAUAUAAUUGUACGGUUACCAACGAGUACGGGAUGGACAGUAUAGAAAUAAAUUUAGUACCAGAUAAAUCUCUGCCAAUAUUCCUUAUCAUAACAGCAUGUGCCACUGUUCUAACAGUUGUUCUCAUAAUAAUGCUCAUUGUAAUGCUGUGUCAUCGAAGAACAAGUAAGUCAGAUGAAAAGAAACCAGAUAUCACUGACAUAGGGAAGACUUGCGCCGAUCAGUUCAAGGACAGCGAUAGAAAUUCGAAUAUCAGCGAUCUGAAGCUAGAAUUGAGGCAGGUGGAAGGUAGCUGUGGUUUGGAUAAUUCAAAUAACGGCUCCGAGACCGACCUCCAUCCGAGUCUUCAUCUGACUUCGAACCUUGGACUGCCGUUAGCUGGACCCGUGUCAUUACCUGAUAAUGGAUAUGACAAUGAGCUUAUGAAACAGUAUCAGAGAUAUAGCGGGGAUUUUAACCAACCUAUAAGCAACUUACAUUGUAAGACCCAAGGCCAGAGCAACGGUUAUGUACCUUACGUGGAUUAUUCAAGAGAUUACGCCCCUCCAAUGCCAUCGGAGUCCCAGAGUGGAUCAUUGUCCAGGAGCAUGGACGGAUCUAUAUAUAUGAAUAACUGUGGGUCUCUUACCCACCAGACAAGCAGUGGACUCGCUGGAAUAAUUGGACCUGAUGUCAUACCUAUGCCGACUCUUGGUGUGAGCAUGUCUGGUGGUGUUGAUGUCAGAUACGCGGCUACAUAUGGAAACCCUUAUUUGAGAGGAAGCGGACCAUUGUCGUACGUGCAACAAGUGAAUACCAAUCCAUCAGCUAAGCCGGCGCCACCGCCCUACUACACCGCUAGAAACCAGAACAUCCACCCGAAUGUUGCAACAACGUCUCCAUCGUCAUCAUCAUCUUCUCGGCCUGUCACCAGUCCUUUGGCAUCAUCGUCAUCUACUAGUAGCGCUCAACCCCAAGUGCCUAAACUAUCUCCGUUAUCUUCGGGGGCCCUAUAUAUACUACCGCCGUCCAGCCAUGGAAAUCUCCAGUCCAAACAAAUUACUGCCAAAGGUAACGGAUCCCAGUUAACAAAUGGUACGCACGUGUAAAUUUAUAUGUAGACUUAAUUGUAACUAGUUAGAAAAAAAUUGUGAAUUAAUUAUACUUUAAGAUGCUAAGUAUGAAUUCAUUUAGACUCAUCUGUACGAAAAUUUAAUGUCAUUUGUCAAUUAGAUUAUGCUUGGUAACAUUUGUAUGAAGGCUUUGUUUAUAUAUUAAUUUCUUAUUUUGUUGUAAGGAAGAAUGUAAGAAACAAAAUAUAUUAUUUGUAUUAUUUUACUUGCCGUCGAUUCGAAAGUAUUGUUUGGAGCAAAAGAGCAGCUCAGAAUUUUUUUAUUUGUAUUUCAUGGACAAUUUCAGAAAAAAUAGGCUUUAUCAACCUUUUAAGGCUGUUAAAAACUACAGUAUUAAGGACACAGAAGUAAGUAUAGAAAAAAGGAUUAGCACUAUCUUUCCAUAUUUAUACAAAAACUUCAUUAACCCAUGAAAAUAUGCUUGAAUGAAAAUGACUUGUAGUGCUUGAAUUUUUGGAGGCAAUACUUUAUCUAUGUAAUUUUGUGUACUGUCUGGAAUCCUAGCCUGUUUUUGAAUGGCAUUUACUUUGAUUUCCCUAUAGCAGUCUAUUCAUGAUAUUUAAAUAUAAUUGGACAAUACAAAAUAAUUACGUUUAAGAAUAUCAGAUAAUUUAAAAUGGUACAUUUAAUCUACUACGAAAGUAGAAAAGAUACGAGAGUCUUAUUAAUUUGAAAGACCACUUGCUUCUUACACAAUUUAUUUUUACGAAUACUUUACCGGUGUCUCAAAGGAUAUACUAUAAACGGGCGAAACUCAUUAUAAAUGAGUGUUAUUAUCCUUUGAGAAUAGCACAAAGAUAAAACCAGUCAGAUAUUAUAAUAUUAAAUUGAAAUUUAAAUCGUUUAAAAGUAAAAGUAUUCUUAAAGGGAAAUUAUUCAUUUAAAUAUUUAACUAUAAUAUCAUAAAAAAUAAUAUCAAAAAAUGAAUUUAUUUAAUAAUUAAAUUAAUUUUAAAUAUACCUUAUAUUCUAAAAAAUUCCUCAUAAUUGAUAAUUUUUAUUCAGAAUAAUCUAAAUAUCGAUCAGCCUAUUCAUAGUACAGAUAUGAAUGAUUUCCAAUUAUAUCGAUUAUAAUCGAUCGUAACGUGCAAUAUUACAGAUCGUAUCGAUUAUAUCGUUAGUGAGCACGGAACAAUACUAUCGAUUAAAUUGUCUAAUAUUUUUCUUAAGAAAAAUAAUUGUUUAUUUUCUUUAAAAUGUUUAUAAUUCUGUAAUAUAACGAUUAGGUUAUAAAAAUAUUACUCAAACUUAUUUCCUAAAGUUAUAUUUAAGCCAAUAUGUCUAUUUGAAAUGUGAUUUGCCUUAUAAAGACAAAUUAUUGAAUGUUAUAUUAAGUGACGAUCAAUAAAAUAAAUUGCUAUUAAAUUAUAUGAAAUAAAUUUAUACAGGUGAAGUAAAAAAUAUUAGCAAUUUCUAAGGGUGUUCUGUAUUAAUGAAAUUUAACAUUUUAUCCAAAGAAACAUGAGUUAUAAAUAAAAAAAAAAUGCAAGAUAUCCCAUAGUGCGGAUAGUGGAGAAGCAGCGGAUGAGAUUAGCACAGGAUUGUUGCAAAUGGGUCAAUAUGGGCAAAUUAGAUACUAAUUAUUGCACAUCUGUAAUUACAUAAAUGUUGUAAGUGCUCAUGAGCAACGAUAGUCACUUACCAUCAGGUGAGUCGCCCAUAGUGGCUUAAUAGCUUGACAUGCCACGUUGGUAUGAGAGUUUUUUUUUUUUUAUAAUUUAUGUGGAUUUGAAAAAUGUUCAGUUACAUUAAUAGAACAUCGUCUUAAAAUAAUGUUAAUAAUUUUGAAUUCACCCAGUAGUAUAUAAUACAUUAUUGUAUAUACAUAAGUUAUUGUUACAUACAUUUAUAUUAAGACUUUUAAAAUUAUUAAUAUAAAAUUUACUUGCCAAUUUUGAUAAAUGUUUAAAAGGAUUUACUAAAUAUUGAUCUUAAAAUUGAAAAUUCAUUAUUGCUUUAAAUUAAUUAAAAUAAUAAAUUCGACGUCCAUGAUACGUCCAUUUAAUGUCUACUCGACGUCAAUUUAAUUUGAUCCCAAUUCUAUUGCGUCUAAACUCACCACAAUGUUUCUCGAAUCGUUAUUAAUAAGUAGGUGUAUAGUUGAAAUGUUUUUGUUAAUGUACUGUAAGUAAAUAUUUCUGAUAAGUAGAUUUAUGUGUCUGGUAUUUACAAACUGCUGUCCUCAUGGCGAUAUUGUCGUUAUAUUGUCCUUUGGGAAUUAGAUGCUUUCCCGCGGUAUAAAAUAUCCUAUAUAUUGACCUACAUCUCAAGUUUACACCUUUCCAAAUUACUUAAAAAACCAGUUAAGUAGUUUUUGCGUGAUAUAUACAUAGCCAUGGCCUAGUUACAGUAUUGUAACAACCUGUUUUAUUCAUGUGUAUGAAUGUAUGUAAGGGCAUUCAUCAUUUAUCAGGGAAAACAAUGCUUGUUUCUGUAACAUACACUUUUUUUGAGAAUUUUAUGGAAUUGUUAAUUAUAACAAUAUGAAGCCAUUUCAUUAUGUAUGAAUUAAUAAUAAAUUGAGCCUAAAAUGUUGAAGCUUUAAGCGUGAAGUCAAAGAAUACUAAUUUUAAGUAGAUUUUCCAUUAAGAUAAUUAUGUACAUAACAUUUGUUCGUUAAUUGUAAGUAUCUUUAAUGAAUUGUUUUUUAUAAUUGUGUAUUUUAAAUUUAGAACAUAUUUUAUACUUUUAAGUAGUAUUUAAAAAAAAUAAUAUAAAGUCAUACUCAUAAUGACAGUAAACAAAGAUUGUGGCCAAAAAAAACAGGCUUCAAUUGUGACAGAACAAAAUUUGAGUUUAAAAAUUAAAUUACUUAACCGAUUUUGUUAAAAUAUCUACAGAACUAAUCUGUAAGUAUAUCCUUUAAAAAUAUUUUAAAUUGUUUUAGAGCUGACAGAGUUAUGAGGUAACAAACAAAAAAAAAAAUACAAUCGAAUUGACAAAUUCCUUCUUUUUAAAGUCGAUUGAAAAGAUGGAAGAGAUGCGUCUGUUUUGAAUGUGGGUUAGUUGCAAUAAAUUCGUUUUUUACUAGUAGAGGAUGGCUAUGUUAUACAUCUUUAUUUACUCUGUUAUACAUACUAAGGUAGAUACAAACAUAUGGCGAUUAUAGCAUUAACAGUUGUAAUAUUUUUUCCUGCUUUCUAGAUAGAUUUGAACCUACUUUAAUGGUGUUAUUUCAUGUUUUCAGCCACUGUUAGUCCAUCUGUUUAAUGUCCAUUAUCAAUAGUAAUUACAGUAGAAUGGCAACGCAUGAAGUGUCAUUGACGACACAGUAUAUUCUGUUAUGUCCACAGUGCUGUUUAUAUCUAUAGGCGACGAUUACCACUUUCCAUCAGGUGGGCUGUCAGCUUAUUUGCCAUUCUAAGUUGCAUAAAAAAAGAAAAAUAUACUUGAAAGUAUAAAAAAUGUAUUGAUAUAAACGAGUCUAGACAUAGAUAAAAAUUCGUAUUCGUUUACUUCUUUAUCUGAGACUGAAAUUGUAAAAAUGUUUUAGAUGGUAAUCAGGCUGUUGAUUGCGUGUAAUUAACACGUUCGCUGCUAAUAUACGUAGUACAGUGUCGCCCUCUGCCGUGAAGAGAUUUUAUACCAUCUUCGUUACACACAAUACACGAAAAACCUUUAACGUCGCUUACUGGAUCAUCGUUUUACGUGUCCACGUGUCCACAGAAGUACGGAGUGAAUCGAUAAUAAUUUUUAAAUUUGUAAAUUCACAGGUUUUGGUUAGAGAUUCUAUUUAGAGCUAGUCAAUUGAGGUUUUCCCUAAACACUGCAGUGUGGGGUUCUUAAAAAAAUAGUGUAUUAUAGUUUCUUCAAGUUCAGCAAUACGCACGUGACACCCUUAGUGUUAUAAACCAUAUGCUACAAUGAUCGUUCACCAUCAGUCGAGCUGUAAGCUUGUUUGCCAGCCUCGUGGUAUAAAAAAGCGUCGUCCAGCUAAGCUGUUGUCCACACUGUUGUUUUCUGAUUAUUAUAAAUAAUGUAUUUUUUAUUACAAUUACAAUAAUUAAAUAUAAUGCCAUGAGUUUACUUCAAGUUGCCAGCGAACGGUUUAAUUACUUGUUAUAUUGUAAUAAUAAUUAUAAUAGGAAUAAUCUGAUAUAAAAAAUAAACUUUUAAAUAAUAA